AAUGAACUGAAAAUAAACCCUAAACAGUAUAGUAAUCAUUGAGUCUUCAACGAUCCACAACGUCUUCAAUAUGAAAUUCGCCAUCGUCCUGUUCGCCCUCUUCGCCGUGGCCCUGGCAGAUGUCCAGAUCCUCCGACAGGAUAGCACAGUUGAAGCCGAUGGUUACAAAUAUUCUUAUGGUUUAUCCGACGGUACCUCGAAGGACGAACAGGGUGAGCUGAAGUCCAUCGGCCCCGAUGAGCAGGCCAUCGUAGCCCGAGGCGAGUUCAGCUACACGGGCCCUGAUGGCGUGGUGUACUCCGUCUCCUACGUGGCCGAUGAGAACGGAUUCCAACCCCAGGGUAGUCAUCUGCCAGUUCCCGUAUAAGUUAAGAAGUUGAAAUAAAUUGUUUAUAAAGGAA